UUCCAUUAAUCCCCUUAUGUAGUAUUCCUCUGCAUUUGACCCAUCCUAGAAUUAGGAGUAGUGGGCUGCCAUACUGAGUAGCGCCCGGGGAGCAAAGGGGGUUGGGUACCUUGCUCAGGGGUACCCCAGCCCUUUUGGCAGGGUGCGGAUUUGAACCAGCGACCCUCCGGUUACAAGCCAAGUUCCCUUUCCACUUGGCCACGGGCUGCCCCAUUGUUAUUGUUAUUAUCACCACAAACACAGCUAAACAACGCCUAACCCUAGUUCAAAUAGCCUUUGUAAGGCUGCUGUACUGUGCUGUUUGUUUUUGAAAACCCUCCACUAGCAGUGGCUUAAAAGGCCAAUAAUAAAAGUGUAAAAGUGUACACAGUGUCUCUGUUGCACCCGAGUACAAACAGUGCUGGACUCUAUAACUUCCACAAAGCUCCCUGAAGGCAUCACAGUGUUUUAAGAACUGUGACAUUAAACACCUCAUUGUGUUAGAACCACUUUCCUGGAUUACGUCUUUGCAGUGACAGGCCUCAUUAGCCAUUACAUGUUCCCCUUUACAUUCCACACAGCAACAACAGUGGUGCGUCUGGUUUUAAGGGGUGGAGCAGCAGCAGCAGCAGCAGUUCAGUCCUGCUGUGGCUCACACCACAGGUGUGAACUGCAAGAUGUCACUUCUUCCUAUUUUGUCAUUUAAUGUUUAAAAAGAGCCAUAAAGCCUAGACUGUGUGAUAGCUGAUGGCACAAGAGCAGCACCAGCUUCUCACGGGACUAACUUCUACCACCUGGAACGCAACACUGGCUGCAACGACUGGGUUAUGCAAAUAUUUAUGCUGAAGGAAAUGAUGUCCUUACUGAAGAUAUUGUUGGACAUCAGCUGACCAAUCUCCUCCUGAUUGAUGGACUGCAGUUUAUUUGGAGGACAAAGGCUUUGUUGAUCUUCUUGAGGCUUUGUUGUUCUUCUUGAGCUGAACCAUCGAUCAUGGUUGGGACAGGAGCUGCCGAUCUGGCUCCUUCGGUUGCCGUGAAGGUCUUCGCAGCUGGAACAGCCGCCUGUGUGGCCGACUUGGUCACUUUCCCCCUGGACACAGCCAAAGUCAGACUGCAGAUUCAAGGUGAAGCCGUGCCGUUAGUGUUGGGCCAGAAAGCAAAAUUCAGAGGUGUGUUUGGCACCAUCUUCACCAUGGUGACGACCGAAGGCCCGCGGAGUCUGUACAGUGGCCUUGUGGCAGGACUGCACAGACAGAUGAGCUUUGCCUCGGUCCGUAUUGGCCUGUAUGACACAGUAAAGCAGUUUUACAGCAGAGGCUCAGACAACGUAGGAAUCGGGAUCCGGCUGCUGGCCGGCUGCACCACUGGGGGGAUGGCGGUGGCCUUUGCUCAGCCCACAGACGUGGUCAAAGUCAGGUUCCAGGCUCAGGUGCGACUGCCAGAGAGUGGUUCUGUGAAGAGGUACAACAGCACCAUGGACGCCUACAAGACCAUCGCCAGAGAUGAAGGCAUCAGAGGGCUCUGGAAAGGGUGUCUGCCAAAUAUAACUCGUAACGCCAUUGUAAACUGCUCUGAGCUGGUGACCUAUGACAUCAUCAAAGAGUUCAUCCUGAAGUACAACCUGAUGACAGACAACAUGCCGUGUCACUUCACUGCUGGCUUUGCGGCCGGUUUCUGCACCACCAUUGUAGCGUCUCCGGUGGAUGUGGUGAAAACGCGAUUCAUGAACUCGGUGCCUGGACAGUACAACGGUGCCCUGAACUGUGCCCUCACCAUGCUCAUUAAAGAGGGGCCCACAGCUUUCUAUAAGGGAUUUGUGCCAGCGUUUCUUCGUCUGGGAUCCUGGAACAUUGUGAUGUUUGUGAGCUUCGAGCAGAUCAAGAGAGCCGCAGUGAGAUUUCAACAGUCCAUAUAGUCUUCAUCAUAUCCCCUCUGACAGCUGAUAUGAAGAAGCAGGCAGGUUGACGGUUGUGACGGCUGCUGGUCUGGACUUGUUCUUCCUCAGGGAAAAGGAAAGACUGUCCAUCUUAUCUGAGCGAUCACACUGAAGAAAAACAGCAGGGAUUCAUCAUCUUGAACUUUCUGUGACUUGAAAAUUAUAAAUGCUGACAAUGUUCUCUUUUCACAGAAAACAUUUCACAUAUCUCAGGAGGAAAAUUAAAUUAAAGAAAUGGCUAAAGUUAGUUGUAGCUGCUUCCAUUUUAGAAUCCUCUAAUAACCGUUAGCAUAAUGUGAAUCAAAUGAUCUGAGCGACCCCUUUUUUGCUCUCUGUCUAUAGCCUUGUAAGUAUUAUUAUAAGUUUAUAGUGUGAUCAGGAGGCUUUAAUUGAUCACAAAGAAGAGACAAAUGUCCUAUGCUGCAAUGAAACAUGUAAAUGUCGUAAAAAGGGUCAAAAAUCAAAUUAGCUCAUAAAAUUUCACUAAGCCAGAUUCGAAAAUGGCCAACUAGGCAGCCGUAUCACGCACAACUUCCCAGCCAGGACAGCAAGCUAAAAGCUACGCUAACUGGCUAACCUGUUCACAGAACACGGAGCCAUAUAAAAUACCUCGACUCAAACAAAAUUAAGUAUACCCCAUAUUCCACUUGUCACAAAACCUGUUUUUAUACCCAAUUUAACCUCUUUUUUUGACAGCAUAUUUCGGCUGGAGCUGCUAUUCUUUUACUCUUGGCCUGUUUGGUAAGUUUUUGUCAGAAUUUCAAACACUAAACCUGUGAGAAAACACAUUUGAGCUUCCUGAUUUAAGCCAUGGAGGAUGAAUGACUUCCGUGUGCUCUGCUGUAAAAACACUACAUUUUGUCUAUGGACUUUGGUGUGGGAGAGCGAAUGGUUUACACACCAAUAAAAGGUUGUAGGAGUAAAUCAGUAUAAUGUGGUGUGGUGUUGGUGAGGAUAACAGUUAAUUAAUUAAUUAAUACAAUAGGAAUGUUUUAAAUGCCAAAAAUAUAAGAUGUUUCUGGGAAAUAUAUAUAAUACAAUGGAAAGAAUUAACUAAUACAAGAGUAAGAAAUGAUAACAAUAAUAAUAGGUUUUUAUUUGUACACUGGAACCACAUUCAUAACAUAUAUUACAAAUGAAAUAAUAAUAAUAACAAUAAGUAUUUUAAUACAAAGCAGGUGUUUGUUUGUGUAUAUCUGUCCGUCUGUCUUAAACUUCAAUGUUGGAAGCUUUUAGCCAAAUGCCGGUGUGUGUGGGAAUUAUAUUGAAAGCUUCUUCGAAUUUUAACCCAUUUGUCAAUUAAAAAUAUUUUUUAAUGUUUUUUUUGGAGAAGUAGAAUUCACUUUUCAUGGACGCUUCUCUUUGUUUUCGUUUCACUUUACUACCUCAGGGUUUCUGUUGCCUCCAUCUGUCUUGAUGGUAAAUGAAUCACUUCCUGUGUGCAGCACGGCAACACUGAGAAACACAGAGGGAGCUGUUUAUCAGGAGCUGAUAAAAACUUGAAUUGGCAUUGUGAGAACUCAUUUGACAAAAAUUUGAAUGUAACAGAUGUUUGUUAGUGUUAAAACCUAUGCAAGACAGCUUCAAGGGACUUAAUUAUGGUAGUUACGAGUGCGGUGGCCUGUAAGUACAAAACAAUAUAAUAUAAUAUUACAAAGCUUUACAAAAUAAGAGAUGAUUACAUUUUAGAAUUUGUAAGAAAUGUAUAUACAAAUGCAAACAUUUUUUUUACAAAUCCUGAAACAAAUUCACAGAAGUUGUGAAAAAUGUACAAUUUCCCACAUUUUGGUCAUUUAGCGGCUGCUUACUUUCUAUUUUGUAACAGAACUCUGUUUAUUCCAGUAGAAAACCAUAGCCAUCAAUAAUCGGAGAAAACUGGUGAACAUAUGUAUAUAUGUCUAUAUAUAUAUAUAUAUAUAUAUAGAUAUAGAAAAAAUAUACUGUAUAUAUGAGAAAUAGACAAUGACUAAAAUAUAAUCUGAAAAACUUUAUUUUGUGCAGCAACAAAUGUCUCAUAUACAGUAUACAUUUUUCCCUCUGUAUAUUGAGCAGUUGGAGGUUGAACUUGCUAUGUCUCCCCCUGUUGGAAAGUGUUUGUGAUGUACUGUAUAUUUGAGUGCAUUGUCCUUCUGUUUUCAUGCACAGCUAUCUACGAUAUUACCACUUGUUACAACUGAAUCUUGACUAAAAGGUUGUGAACAUUUCUGUACAUUUGUGUGGGGACCCAAAAACAAAAUAUCCAGCGACCCAUCUGUGGGUCCUGACCCAGUGUUUGGGAAUCAGCAGCAGAUACCACAGCUGACUCUUGAAGUCCUGUGUACCUAAUAAAGUGGUUGGUGAGUUUAAGUAA